GCUUCGUUUGCGCGCGUGCUGCAAACUUUUGGGCAGAGUCAAGACAAGCCAAACUGUCAGUUACACGUUGUCAACUGAGCACCGUCGUCCAAACAUCAAUCUAGCCUAAUAUAGCCGAUUUUCUCCAAGCAGGAAAUAUAUGAUUAUUGUCGAGAUCAAGUAUGAAGAAAGAAAUUGAAGCAGCAGGGGCUUUCCUGAAAAAUCUGAUAAAAAGGUCUGACAAGUUGAAUUUGGAACAAGCUGAUAUCUUUGUAGAACAGCUCAUAUGUGUUUUGCAAGAGAAGUACAAAGCUCAUUGGUACCCAGAAAAUCCCACAAAAGGCCAAGCAUUUAGGUGUAUUCGUGUCAAUGGUAACCAUAGCUUGGAUGUAGAAUUGCUUUUGGCAUGCCAGAAAAGUGGUGUACAGUACUGCUACUUAGGCUUGCCUUUAGAACUCACCCUCUGGGUGGAUCCAGGAGAGGUUAGUUGCAGGUACAGUGAAGACACUCCACCCUUUACGCUCGCAAGGUUCAUUGGAGAUGAUGAUGAUAAUGAUGGUGAUGAUGAUAAUGGGAAAGUCUUGCUGAAAGUGAGCAGUGCCUUGGAAAAAGUCACCUCUGACUAUCAUUCGGAGACCUCAUCAGAUGAUGAUUGUGUCUGUGUGUCCCCACCUCCUGAGAAUGACAGCGCUUAUGCCACCCUUCCUUCAGAGAGGGACAGAGAUAGUGGCAAGGCUUCUCAAAGCAUUUUUGGUGUGACCUCGUCUCCGGAGAACAACACUUUUAGUGGCACUUUGUCACCACCAAAUAGGCAUGGUGGAGUCACCACUACACCUCCUCAGCACAGAAGCCCCCCUUUACAGGUUGUUUACUCCGAUGCACAACCAUUGUCACCACUCUCCUGGAGAAUACCUGUGAGAUCUCCUGUUGAGCCUCGACCCUAUGUUAUGCUGAAUACACGUGCCCGGCCCUUUCCGACGGUCAGGCCCCAUGGCUGGUCAAGGCCUGUCUACCGCAAUCCUAUGUGGAGCUGCUCGUCUGCCCGAUCGCACCAUGGUAAUACUGCAGCAUUUUGGUCUGCGGCUGGGAAUGAAAGAAGAUUUGAUGGAAGGAUGAAUUUAAGCAGACCACUAAAGUAACAUGACCAAAUUUUGUUUGGCUUUUUUAAAAUAAUGAGUCACUACUUUCACUUUUGUGUGUUUCGACUUGCUAUAUAACAUUUUUGCACUUUAGGUGGCUUGUCAUAUGGAGUUGUAUCUCUGUACGUUUUUUUUUUUGAUUAACCGGCAAAUUUUGUUUUAUUUAUGUAUAAUGUGUAAUGCCAACAUUGCUCUGUGAUGCAGGCCUAUAUGAAUAUUGUCAGCAGCUAAUAUUUAAAAGACAGUAUUGUAUUUAUUCGCACAAUGGUGUUAAUCAUGAUGGAAAAUAAACAUGAAUGUCUAACCUCUA